AUGGCGCAAAGACUAAGCUUCGCCCAGCUUGAACAAGCUGCACUUCACAUCAUCCGUCUCAUCGCCGACAUUCCCGGCCUGGAGAACACCAAACUCGCCGUCAUUGGCGAUCUGGCUGUCGCAAAGUAUCUCUCGCGCCAGAACCGCAUAGCAAGCAUCGACCUGGUCAUCAGCAAAUCCUCCUCCCCCGGCCGCGUCAAGAAAGAAAUCGUCGGCCAUCCGAUCAGUCCCCUCGUCGAAAAGUCCGGCACCGUUCUGUACCGCCACACAAGCGGCUGGGAGAUCGAAGUCAAGCUCAUCCCCGACUGGCUGAGCCCAUACCUCCCCGACUCAGCGAAGCGCGUCCGCGACGUCACCAACGAAGCGACCCUCCCCUACACGUCGCUGGAGGACCUCAUCAUCUUCAAGAUGGACGCCUGCGGUCUACACGAGAACGACAACAGCAAGCGACGCGAUGCCUGCGACGCAGCCGCCCUGCUGGAGCUGGCCUCCGAACACGGUGCCCUGCGCCUCGACGAGGACAAGACAGAGCGUGCGGAGGAGGCGCUGGGCGAUAUGGUUGAGUUCUCUGAUGAGAAGGACAAGGGCUGGUGGCAGCGCUGUCUGGGCAUGGUGAACGAUAAGCCGCGCACGCCGCAGGAGAUCCUCUCCGACAUCGCCGAGCGUCCCCAGACAGCAUCAUCGCGCUCAUCAAUCCACUCGUCCAUCUCGCGCGCUUCAUCCUACGCCAGCACGACAUCCACGCACUCAUCUACAUCCUCCAUCUCCUCGACCGCUACGUGCGACGACAAGUGCCCCAAGUCACCGGCCGAGAAGAACGGACGCCCUCGCAAGAUGAGCGUCACCAAGAAGACGUCGCGUCACAAGCGGCACACGUCUAUUGGCGCGUCUACAUCCGUCAGCGCUCUCGACGCGCACAUGCACCGCCUUGAGCUCGAUCGCCCUGCGUCGCCGGGCAUUGCUCUCACGAACCGUCUCUAA